CAGUCUAAACAAAAUCAUCGAUAUUUGUAAUCAUAAAUAUUGAAAAUAACUUUAAAAGUAGACCCAUCGAUAGAAUAACCGAUGUAUCUCCGCCUCUAAUUAUACAAUGGGCAAAAACUACUACGAAAUACUUGGUAUAACCAAGUCUGCAACAAACGAUGAAAUCAAAAAAGCAUAUAAACGAAUGGCUCUUAAAUAUCAUCCAGACAAAAACGAUCAUCCUCAGGCUGCAGAGGCCUUCCAGGAGGUUGCUGCUGCAUUCGAGAUACUAUCAAAUAAAGAGAAACGUGAGAUCUACGACAACUAUGGCGAGGAAGGCUUAAAAUCUAAUGGCAGCGACCAACCGAAUUAUGGCCAAACUUCAUCAGAUAUGUUGCCGUUUAUGUGCGCCGUUGGUGGAACAGUUUUAUUUGCAUUUGCUGCAUUUAAGACGUUCCAGUUUUUUACAAAGAAAAAGGACACUGGAGACGACAAUGAUUCGUCUUCGGAGUGAUAAUAUUUACCGAAUAGAAUACUCUACAUUUUGUAAAUACGAAUAGUGAUGAUUUGUUACGAAAAACAAUAAAAUGUGAUUUCUUGCUUAACUAAUCAGCUGUUUCUUGUAACAAUCGAUAUUACAAACUUGAAAGCUUCGAAUCAAAACUAAUGCCAAAAUGUAAAGUUUCGAUACUUGCAUCGUUAACAAUAUCGUUUUAAUGUAACAGAAUGUUAGCUCAUACGAUUAUCGUAUUACGAUAUCUAAUAGACAGAAUAAACAGAAAUAGAAGCACGAUUGAUAAAAUCUUCCAAUUUACAAAUAUUUACGAAUUUUCCUUUUUGUUUUGCACGUUGAGAUUUAAGUUAUUCUUAAAUGAAAUAUACACGUAUAUUUCAAAAAAAAAAAAAAAACAAAUGUACGAAAGCGCACUAAUUGCAUCAUCAA